AUGCUACGGACACACUUCCAAAGCCAUGGGAAGACACUGAGCCAUGGUGAGGAACAAUGUUAUGGACAAAUUCCAAUCAAACAACUGCGUGGAACACUAAGUGAGACAAACUAUGGAGAGACCAUUGACCAGAUCACACGAAUUGCGUUUGGUCAACCACUUCCACUGACAGCCAUCCCGUCCUCCCAGCUCCUUGGGCUAUUUGCAAAUCAAAUCACAGGUGAAAAGCACUUUGCGAGGCAGACGGUCCUCCAGCGUGUCGAAUACAUGUCCCAACCAGCACUGCUGCUGGAUAUUGCAGAUUCAGUCACUCAGCCUACUCCAGAUUUUGACAAUGUAAUUGCAUGGGAUAAAAAAUGGAAAACAAGCCGACCGUUAGUCCCCUCAAUAAACAAGACGAUAACCAAGCUUACCAAGAUGGAUAGCUACAUCCAAAUGCGCACCACAAUAACAAUGAUUUCUGAACACCAUCAAAUGACAAAUCCUUCACUCUCACAUGGUGGCCUCGUGCUCACCCUCAAGCAGAUUGAUGGCACUUACUUGGAAGUGCAGGCAAAUAUCCAGUUAUCACAACAUUUACUGGACUGCAUUGACCAUACUGUCAACCAGGACAAUGUUGGUUCUCAGUCAGAAGAAACGCACUUAUCCAUAAAUCCUCUGGGCCUGGAUGAUGUCCAUAAGGCUUGUAUCCCCUCUCGACCAUAUUGGGUGAAUGUUUCUCAGUUGUUCCUUGAACUUCGUACCCGUGUACCGGCUGAGAAGAGUUGGUUCGUCUGGCCUCUCCUCAUUCGUAUGGAUUCAAAUCCAUAUUGA